UGAAGCUUUUUAUUCCCACACUGUAGAUUUUCCACUGAAGACUCGCCGGAUAGGACCGAGCCUGUAACUGUAACGAGACACUGGCGACAGUUUAUUAUAAUUUAACAUUUCACACAUUCCCCUCCUGUUUUCAGUCGGAUCCUGUUUUUAUUUCCACAUAAUUUUUUGUUCACUUUUUCUUCUAUUCCGGUUGGAUUUACAAAGGGCGUGUUGGGGCGAUCUGUACCGGGAGUUUCAUCUCCUGUACUUGUGCGACUCUGAGGAAUGACAGCAACUGGGAAUCGAUCCGCCUGAAUGGAAACAAUGGAUUAUAAGGAGCUGGGACAUAAUUUCGAGGAGAAGCUGACACUAACAGACAAAUCUCUGCCCCUGCAGAACGAGUCUCAGUCCAUCCAGAAUGGGGACAAGACUUUGGGGAAGGACCUCCCGACUUCAGAUGACUCCGCCAUCACAGAUCUCUCUCCUAAAACAGACUCCAGCCCCAUAACAGAGACCCCCACCAAGACAGAUGACUCCUCCAAGACGGAUGCGAGGCCAUCCACCCCGGGCAGCAGCCCUCAGCCCAAGAAAGAUUCAAUGACGUCAGAGCAACGACAGAAACUCGCCAAGGAGCGGAGGGAGGAACGAGCCAGAUAUAUCGAGCAUCAAACUCAGGUGCAAGCGGCGAAGAAGGCCCAGUGGCUGGAGAAAGAGGAGAAGGCCCGACGUUUGAGGGAGAGCCAGCUGGAGGAUCGCAGGAGGAAGCUGGAGGAGCAGAGGCUGAAGGCUGAGAAACGCAGAGCUCUGCUGGAGGAGAAACAGAGACAGAAACUAGAAAAGAACAAGGAGAGAUAUGAAGCAGCUAUCAAGAGGUCGACAAAGAAGACGUGGGCCGAGAUCCGCCAGCAGAGGUGGUCCUGGGCGGGCGGACUCAACCAGACCUCCCGCAGAGAAAGCAGAUGCUCGGCCUCCACGGUCAACUUGCCGAGACAGGUGGACCCUGUCAUUAACAACAGGCUGUCCAAGUCCUCUGCCACGCUCUGGAACUCCCCCAACAGAACCCGCAGCCUGCGUCUGAGCCCGUGGGAGAGCCGCAUCGUGGAACGGCUCAUGACGCCGACACUGUCCUUCUUGGCCCGCAGCCGCAGUGCCGCCACCCUCCUCAACAACAGUGACUCUCACUCUCACCACUGCUCCCGUUCAGCCUCCGCCAGCCCGCUGAAUGCCUGCUCCCAUCACCACCCGCACCAGAAUGCCGAGCGCUGGAGGGUCUCCUCCGCCAGCACGCCAGACAUCACCCAGCGCCAGCGCCGGCGAAACUCCACACCGGUGGACAAAAAGAAGAAAGAGAAGAAAGAUAAGGAGAGGGAGAAUGAAAAAGAGAAGAACGCUCUCACAAAAGACAAAGUGCAGAAGAAGAGACAGACGACAUCACCCACCACCACCAUGACCCAGAGAUCCAGGCCAGAGGCCAGCACCCCGAAGCCCAAAAACAGACCUCCAUCACCCGCCCCCAAGAGUCGGCCUCUGUCCCCCCUGGUGCCAGCCGCAGCAGCAGCCUCCAAAACCCCCACGGGCAAGAAGACACCUCCUCCUGGCACCAAGACCCGACCCAAACGAGCUCAGACGCCUGCCAGGGUGCAGGCCCAGACGGUCACUGCAGUUGCCGUAGAAACAGGCCACGAACCCCAGCAGCCCGAUGCUCCAGAGGAGAAAAAGAACUCUGGUAAUGUUCCCGCCAUCGUGGUGUCCUCUGUACCAGUUACGCCUCCUUCCCUCAGCCCAGUGGUCGUAUCAGCGGCCUCUCCAGCUGCUCCAAAUGUGGAGCCGGUUGCCUCCAAUGCCUCUCCUGCAGCAGCCUCCACCAGUAAUCCUUCUCCUUCUCCUGCACCCUCCGCUGCUGCCGCUGCUGCCUCCACCACCACCACCACUCCAGCUGUACCGGCAAGCAAGCCGUCAGCCGGCACCAAUGACCCAGAAGAGGCUGCUCGUGUCCUGGCGGAGAAACGUCGACAAGCUCGGGAGCAGCGGGAGAGGGAGGAGCAGGAGCGUCUGGAGCAGGAACAAAGGAACAGGAUCCUCCGGGAGGAGGCGAUGGCCCGGGAGGCGGAGGAGAGGAAGCGCAGAGAGGAGGAGGCUCGAUUCAUGGCCGAACAGCAGCGUCUGAGGGACGAAGCCCAGCGAGCUCAAGAGGAGAAGGAGGCGCAGGAGAGAGCCAAGGCCGAGCAGGAGGAGAACGAGAGGCAGCAGAGACAGAGGGAGGAGGCCGAAGCCAAAGCCCGCGAGGAGGCCGAACGUCAGCGCCUUGAGAGGGAGAAACACUUCCAGAAAGAAGAGCAGGAGCGUCUGGAGAGGAAGAGGCGCCUGGAGGAGAUAAUGAAAAGGACUCGGAAAAGUGACGCAGGAGAAAAGAAGGAUGUGAAAGCUUCUCCACAGGUCAACGGCAAAGACUCGGAGCUCAGUAAGGCAGCUGGAAGCCUGCAGAGUCCCGGUGCAGUGAUCCUCGGCCCGUCACAAAGCGUGUCUGGUCCUGUUGUAAACGGAGUCCAGCCCGCUGCUCACCAGAACGGUGUCUCCGCCAAUGGAGCUGACUUCGAGGAGAUCAUCCAACUGAACAAAAGCGGUAACCCGGCACAGACUCAGAGCGGGCUGGUCAGCGAGCCCAUCCUGGCAUUCGAGGGCGGAGAGCCCUUCCUGAUGAAAACAGGCCCUAUGAAGCCUCAGCAUGUUGCAGAGGUCCUGUGAAUUCACACACAUCUCCAUGGAGACGAGCCUUAUGUCUCUGCUUGAGCUAAGAGAUUCAUGCCACGCCACAGCGGCUUAUAAAAAAAAAUCGUGUGCCAAACAAACAAUGAACUGCGCUGAAAUCACAUUUUACAGUAUGUGCCGCCAGAGGACAACGAGGAGCUUCUCAUCUGAAAUAUAAAAAAACAUGCAACAAGUAUUCUCUGUCUCCACCACGUGUUCUGGUGCAGCAUCUGUCAAAGUUUUAUUGAAAUGUCACAUGCAGAUUUUAUGGUGCACCUUAAAGAUGACUGACUGUGUAACAAAUUUUAGAAAAUAAAGUAUAAGAUCCUGGAAAUACAUAAUAUUUGACAAUGGUUGUUAUUAUUACCGUCGUUAUGAUAUUGUUAUUGUUAUCUUAAGUUGAACAGUGUGUGUGUGUGUGCGUGUUUGUUGUUUUUCGUCUUGAAUUAUUGAGUUAUUUAACAUGGGGAGCAUUGUAAGGACCGGCCACAGACAGUGUAUGUAAAUGUAUAAUGAGCCUGGCUGCCUAGGCCUCCUGUUAUAGGGGAUCUGUGAAAUAAAGCUUUAUGAAAG